AUGUCUGCGAGUAUUGAAGACGCAGCAGUGAAACGGGAUGGGUUCCCUCGCCCUGUACCGAAAACGCCUCUCAAUGUUAUCCAUCAGUUCCAAAUGAGGGGCAAGGUCGUAGUCGUGGCUGGUGCAGGUGAUGGAAUCGGUCUGGCUGUGGCCGAGGGAAUGGCUGAGGCAAAUGCCGAUGUGGUGCUUCUGUACAACAGAAACGAUGCAGCUAUCGAGCGGGCUGAGGAGAUAUCCAACACCCAUGGUGUCAAGGCAUCGGCCUACAAGGUCAACGGUGGGUUUACACACAGCAGAGCUGUAGAGGUGGACCCAUACGCUGACACCAGUGUAAUGCCAGUCUCCAAAGCGGAAGAGGUUGGGAAGAUGGUGGCCGAUAUUGUCAAGGACUAUGGCAAGAUUGACGUAUUUGUCGCCAAUGCUGGCAUUGCCAACUCCAAGGGAAUUCUAGACAUGUCUCUCGAUGAAUACCGGGAGUUGAUGUCGGUUAAUGUUGACGGCGUCGUCUACUGCGCUAAAUAUGUUGGGGAGGUCUUCAAGAAGCAAGGCAGCGGGAACUUGAUCAUUACGUCCAGCAUCAGCGCCCAUAUCGUCAACGUUCCGGUAGACCAGCCUGUAUACAAUGGGGGCAAGGCUUUUGUGUCUCACUUUGGAAAGUCUCUAGCCCGCGAAUGGCGCGACUUUGCUAGAGUCAAUAUUGUGUCGCCUGGCUUCUUUGAUACACGACUUGGUGCAGGCCCCAGUGUGGUCAACGAAGCUUACCGUAUGGCCGUUCUGGGUCGUCAGGGAGACACCAAGGAGAUAAAGGGCCUUUACCUCUACUUGGCCAGUGAUGCUUCUUCCUACACGACGGGUAGCGACAUUCUGAUUGACGGAGGGUACACACUACCCUAA